AUGUCGGCGACGCAGCUUGUCCCCAUAUCGUCCUCAUCCAUUCUCUUCUUCCGAGCCCUGGCAAUUGCCUCGACCGCCCGGUCAUGCCCCCACCAUGCCUUGAGGGCUUUCUCGUCCAAUAUAGCCACCCGGCAAUCAUCAAAGCGAGAGCUAUACACCACUCCAUCCUAUCAGCCUCAUACGCUGCCUGCCGAUUUCCCUCUUCCUCCUAGAAACACCAAUAUUCCGGACACUUCAAUCGCCGGACCCAGGCCGCAACUCAGUGACACGAGACAGAAUCAAGGCAAUGCGGCGCAGGAGAACAGCCCUGAUGAAACUGCAAGCAUAAGUGUGCCAGAAGGAGUGGCGCAGAAACCGAAGCCAGUACAGACGCCACAGCCCGAGCAGGCCAAAGCAGCGAAACCUCGGCGAAGCAAGUUACGGCCUCGGAAAGCUGCCAUGACGAUAACACCGAAUGCGCUGUUUCAUCUGCGCGAACUCCUGGAUCAGCCCGAGCCCAAAAUGAUCAGGGUCGGUGUCAAGAACCGUGGCUGCUCAGGCCUCUCAUAUCAUUUGGAAUACGUGGACAAGCCGGCCGCGUUCGACGAAGUUGUUGAGCAAGAGGGAGUGAAAGUCUUGAUUGACAGCAAAGCACUCUUUAGCAUCAUCGGCAGUGAAAUGGACUGGCAGGAGGACAAGCUGAGUGCUAGGUUUAUCUUCAAGAAUCCCAACAUCACUGAGCAAUGCGGUUGUGGCGAGUCCUUCAGCGUGUCAUAA